AUGACCACUUCAGAGAUCAAGGUUGAAGUCAUCCACAAGGAAACAAUUAAACCAUCCUCACCAACUCCUCGCCACUUCAAAACCCUCAAACUUUCUGUCUUUGAUCAGAUUGCUUCCGAUCUUUACGUUCCGCUUCUGUUCUUCUAUCGACGCCAUAAUUCUUCAGUCCCUUCUGCUGAAAUAUCCAAUAUUCUAAAAACAUCAUUAUCUAAAACUCUAACUCUCUUUUAUCCCUGGGCAGGCCAAUUCCAAUAUAAUGAUUCAAUCGGCUGCAAUGACCGUGGGGCUGAGUUUCUUGAAGCCCAAGUCAACUGUCCGAUAUCAAAGAUUUUGGACAAUCCGGAUGCUCAUCAAAUGCUAUUUAAGCAACUUCUUCCAGCUGAGCAUAUGGGAUUAGCAAGAGCUGCAGGAUCAGGCAAUCUUAUACUAGUCCAGGCCAGCUUCUUUGAAUGCGGUGGGGUAGCAAUCGGGGCCAGUAUUUCUCACAAGGUCGCCGAUGCCAUUACAGGCAGCACAUUCAUUAAUACUUGGGCUGCAUUUGCCUUUGGCUCAUCAGUCGUCAGUAGUACUACUACUGGUGAUCAUCAAGAGGUGGUGAAGUUUCCCGCUCCAAAAAUAUUUGGUGUCCCAGCUUCGCUCUUCCCUCCACUAGAUUUCCUAAACACACACCACCCCGUCGUGGAAUAUGCUAAAGAAAAGUGUAUGACAAGGAGAUUUCUGUUUGGUGCCUCAGAGAUUGCUGCUCUCAAGUCCAAAUCUGCAAGCUCCACCGUGCCAAAUCCUUCAUGCGUUGAAGUUGUGUCCGCUCUCGUUUGGAAAUGCGCAAUGGAAGCAUCAAGAUCAAACUCGGGUUUUAUGAAGCCCUCCGUAUGGUGCCAAGCGGUGAAUAUGCGUGAAAUAUUAGCUAAGCCCUUGGCGGACAAAAACUUAUUGGGAAGUCUUGUGGGGUUUGUUGAUUAUUGA